GAAUGACAUCUCGAAAACAGACCCCUACCUAGCUCUGCAUGUGUUGAAAAGAUGCGGUCACUAGAACAAAGAGAAAUCAAGGCUGCACCAUCUAUAUGAUACCUGCAGCUCUCAGUGGUGCCUUGCCAUGACCAUUGGCACUCGCCUCGGCCCUCACAUGGGCAAACCAGCUUGGCAGCUGAUCCACGACCGAUGGCAAGUUGCUUGCUUCAUUGGCCUCAGACCAACAAGUGCGCCAUGGAGGCUCACAGCUUUUCCAGCCUCUCCAGGCUCCCCAGGCCGGAGGCAUUUCUCCGCAAUUCCAGUUCUGGAAACCGCCAUCAGUAACACCCAACACCUCAUAACGGAGUUUCAUCUGACGACUGGAGCUCCCUGGUUCCUCACUAUCCCCCUGGUCGCUCUAUCCAUCAAUCUCCUGGCAAGGCUGCCCCUGACUGUUUAUACCCAACGCAUCCACCAGCGUCGAGCGAAGCUGGCACCAUUGCUCCAAGCAUGGCAUGUCCGUCACAGCAAGGAAGUUGCUCGGCUUCCCGCAAUGCCCGCACCCGAGUUUAAGAAGGAGGUCACGUCGAGGUUUGAAAAGACGUCCAAAAGACUCUACAGUGAGUUUGGCGUCCAAGGAUGGAAGAACUACAUCAGCUUCGCUUCUUUCCCGUUCUGGUUAACGGGCAUCGAGGCUCUGAGGCGGUUAUGCGGAGGGCCCCGUGGCUUGUUGGGAAGCCUUGUUUUUGGCCGCAAGGAAGAAGGAACGCCGGAACCUGAUGCUACAGUAGCAGCAGCAGCUUCAGCCUCAUCAAAUCCUCCAGACGCCAUAUCGGUUACGGACGUCAUACAAGUCGAGGAUCACGCCCUCACGGAGCUAUCAAGCAGUUUUCCACCGGGGUCUGACCCCUCCUUAGCAACGGGCGGCUGCCUGUGGUUCCCCGAUCUCAUGGCCCCUGAUCCUCUUCACAUCCUUCCCUUCCUCCUCUCCGCCAUCUUGGUCCUGAAUAUUUUGCCUAGGUCGGCAUCGGGGAUUCAGGCCCUCUUCAAUUUCCAGACCAAAUCAGAGCAGAAAGCUCCCAAGCCCGGAAACACCGAAGUCACAACUGCUCGGCCGAAAAUCCAUGGCCGACUUCAAAGGGCGCUGCUGGGGGUGGCCCUGGUUGUCGGCCCCGUGACGAUGGACCUGCCGGCUGCGUUGCACCUCUAUUGGGUCUCCUCUGCGGCAAUAACCUACAUCCAGACCGAAGCCAUCGGGCGAUUCAUGAAGAUGCCCAAAUCUAAAAUACGGCAGUGUACAGGGACCGAAUCCUUGAUCCCUCGACCACGUACUUGAGAGCUUUGAUCUCUGUGUAUAUAUGUAUCGGCAUUGGAUUGGAAUGUACAGUACAUAAUAAAGUCAUAUUUGCUCAAGGAACCCCUGCAACGCCCUCUGGGAGGAAAUAUCAGAGCGCAGAACCCGGGGGGAAAAAACAUAAUUACGCUGGGAAGACCGUGUCUCCAGCCUUCCGCUACCCAACGAAGAUAGCAAGUAAUAUAAUGGUCAGGAUAACCAACAGGACCACUAGCAAGCAGCAAGCUUUGCUCCUUGCAUUCUUCUGGUACCGCGCUGCGCUGCGCAAU